CCUCUCUCUCUCUCUCUCUCUCUCGAACCCUCUCCUCCGAUCCCCGUAGCUCGGCUGUGCUACCGUGCGGCGGUGCGGCGGCGGCGGCGGCGGCGGGGUGCUAACGUGCGCCAUGGCGGCGGCGGCGGCGGCGGCGGAGGACAAGUACAACCGAAAGAACCCGGCGGUGAAGCGGAUCCUCCAGGAGGUGAAGGAGAUGCAGUCCCACCCCUCCGACGACUUCAUGAGCCUGCCUCUCGAGGAGAAUAUAUUUGAGUGGCAAUUUGCAAUCUUGGGCCCUCGAGAUUCCGAGUUUGAGGGUGGAAUCUAUCAUGGGAGGAUCCAAUUACCUGCAGAUUAUCCGUUUAAGCCUCCCGCUUUCAUGAUGCUAACACCGAACGGCCGAUUUGAAACCCAGACAAAGAUAUGUCUCAGCAUAUCAAAUCAUCACCCAGAGCAUUGGCAACCUUCAUGGAGUGUUAGGACAGCCCUAGUGGCCUUGAUUGCUUUCAUGCCGACCGACCCGGACGGUGCAUUGGGCUCCUUAGACUACAAGAAGGAAGAAAGGCAUGCUCUUGCCGUUAAGUCACGCGAAGCUGCUCCGAGAUUUGGCACGCCAGAACGUCAGAAGCUUAUCGAUGAGAUUCACCAGUACAUGCUUACCAAGGCUCCCCCUGUGCCUCCGCUCCCUAAAACCCCAAACACCAAUGAACAAACAAACGAUUCGGCAAAUGAAGCGACCCUGACAAACCCUAAUCCCGAGGUAACAGCCCCGCCAGAACCAGUCCCUAACCCAGAACCAGAGCAGAGGAUUGUGGAAGAUGUGCGUGAGGUCCGGCUUAAUGCUGCGGCGGGUCGCGUGAGGCUCAGCUUCAGUGCGGGAGUUAGGUUAACAAGAAGGGUUCCGGCAGCCGAAGUAGCCGAACAAGCCCACGGACACAAUAUGAGACCCGAUGCAAGGACUGAAGUGAGGGUUCAGAAGCCCGGUAUCGACGAUCGAUGGUUUACGGGGGCUGCUGUUGCGUUGACUCUUGCUAUAAUUGUCCUCCUUGUAAAGAAAUAUUUGAAGUCCCAGGGGAUCGUCGGAUAAUACAUGUGCAACAUAGAUUCCAGUAUAAUUUAGAAUGUUGUGGUUGUUAUAAUUCGCCGUGCAAAAGCGGAAUUAUGAACGUAAUGAAAGUUAUUUAUAGUGAUGUCUAUUCUGUAUUUAUAUGCAGCAUUUCAAAUGUUUCACCUUUUGUGCAAUUUUUCUUA